AUGGAGUGCAAUAGAGAAGACGCGGCGAAGGCUAAGGAGCUAGCCGAAGCGGCUCUUUCAAGCGGCGAUUACGCCAGGGCUCGUCGACUAGUAACGAAAGCACAAUCCCUCUUUCCCAAUCUCGACGGGCUCACGCAGGUCUGCGCCGUGGUCGAAGUUCACGAAGCUUCGCUGAACCGCGUGGGGGGUGACGUUGACUGGUACGCGCUUCUCCAAAUCCCCGCAUUCUGCGAUGACGACAGUCAGAUCAAGAAGGCUUACCGUCGCCUGGCGCUGCUGCUGCAUCCGGACAAGAACAAGACCAGCGGAGCAGAAGCGGCGUUCAAGCUGCUAUCCGAGGCGUUCACGGUGGUAUCAGACAAGCAGAAGAAGGCCGUGCACGACGCCAAGCGACGAAUGAACGCAACCACAGGCCGAGCAGGAGCAGCAGCCGGCGCUAAGGCCUCGAGGAGUCAACAAAAGGCUCCAGCAGCAGCGAAGCCCCCGCCUGCAGCGCCAGCAGCAGGAGGUGCGGGGGGACAGGGAGCGGGGAAUCAAUUCGAGACGCGGUGUCCGACGUGCGGGACGCGGUUCUUGUGCUUGAAGGACGCCAUGGCGACCGUUGUACAGUGCAUCAUCUGCAAGAGCUCGUUCAAGGCUGUUCCUGUCACCGCGUCUGCCUCUAACGCGUCCGCUGCUGGCAAUGCAGCUGGGAGCGUGGAGGAGGCGCUGAGGGCUAGAGCGGAGGAGGAGAGAGUGCAGAGGGAUAGAGUGGCGGGGGAGGUGCAGCAGGAGCAGGCGAAGGCGCAGGUGAGGCGGCAGAUGCAGAUGGACGAGUUGCUGGAGCGCAGACGACAACAGCAGGCGAAAUUCGCCGCUGCUGUUGCUGCUGGAGCUGGAGCUUCUGGUGCUGGUAAUGGUGCUGCAGGUGCUCAGGCAGCAGCAGGAGUUGGAGAGAGUGAGAGGGGUGGUGGGAAGCAAGCAGGGCGGAGGAACAGGCUGCGGAAGAGGAAGCAGGGAGGAAAGGGGGGAGGGGAUAGCAGUGAUGACGAUGAAGAGUAUGACUUUCGAAUGGACGCUGACAGUGAUGAUGUCGACGCUGCUCGUGGUGCUGGUGGUGGAGGAGGAAAUAGGGACCCCUUGCAGGGGGGUUACGAGGGGUGGCAAGCAGGCAUGGGGCAGGCACAUGGAGAGGGCGGAGGGAUGGGGGAGGAUGUGGAGAUGGUGGGGGGUGGUACGAGGCGGUCGGCGCGCAGCAGGAAGCCGGUGGUAUACCACCUGGAUGAUGAUGAUGAUGAUGACGUCAUGGAGGUGACCGCGGCUGAGGCGGGCAUGAAAGGGGUUAAUGGGACGGGCGCAGGGGGUGGCGGUCAGCCCAGGAGACCCAGGGAUGAUCAAAACGCAUUUGUGGGGGCUGAUGCGAGCAAGGGAUCUGGGCCUGAUGCUACACAUGGGAUGGCCAGAAACGUCUCAGGGAGGGUGCAAGGAGAGGGGAAUUCCAUGGAUGUGCCUAUGGAUGACAACCCAGGGGUGUCAAGCCACGCGGCAGGGAAGGAAGAGGGGAGGAGUGGUGAAAGGCGAGGGGAGGGCCGUGGCAGCAGCAGUGGUGGGAAGAAGAGUGGUGAUGGGAAGAGGAAUGGGUUUAUGCAUGAGGGGGAGGUGGUGGAGCUCUUCUCGUCUGAUGAAGAGGAAGAGAAGAGCGAGGAGGAGGGCAAUGAGGAGGAGGAGGAGGAAGUGGUGCGCUUCUCUGUUCCCGAUCCCGACUUCCACUGCUUCGAUGAUGAUCGCACGGAGGAAACAUUUCGAACAGGCGAUGUAGAAUCCACGCCUCACCGUCUUUUCUGCUCCCGUUUGUUCUCUCCUCUACCCCAACAGGUGUGGACCCUGUAUGAUGACUCUGACGGCUUUCCCCGCUUCCUCUGCACCAUCCGCCAAGUGUCUCACGCGCCCUUCUCCUGCACUAUAGUCUGGCUCGAGGCCGCCGCACUCUCCAAGAAGCGCACUGCUGCCGCUGCUACCAUCACUCCGACCGAGGCAGCAGCUGCUCUGGCCGACCCAGCAGAACGAGCAGAGCCCAGCAUCGGAUACUUCAAAUUCGGCAAACCAACAACGUUCGACUCUGUUAACAUCUUCUCUUUUCGGAUUUCCAAGCUGGCUUCCCCAAACGCACGCACGGCUACGGUUUUGCCGGAGAUAGGGCAGGUGUGGGCGCUGUAUGCAGAAAAGUCAUUUGCCAGGCGGAGGUACUAUCUGGUGGAGGUGAUACCUGCUGAAUCGUCCAUACCGCUGCCGAGUGACCCGACAGCAGCAUCGGCAGCAGCAGCAGGAGUGCAGGGGCUUACAACGCUGGGGUGGAGGGCUGUGUGGUUCCUGGAGAGAGUCCCUGGUGAAGUGUUCAGCUCACUAUUUCAGAGAAUUCCUGGCGGCACACGGUUUGUUCGCCUCAACAGUUUAUCACACCUCGUUCCAAGCUUCCACUUACAAGGCAAUGAGAGCAGCCCUAAAAGAUUACCCCCUCCUCCUCGUGGUGCUCUAGAGCUGGAUCCUGCUGCCACCCCCUCAAAUCUUGCGCCAUUUCCUCCUACAGUAGAAUUGGAAUACGACGAGGAAAACGAGAGGAACACGAUGGUCGAGAACGUCUACCACAUUAACCAUUCCAAGCAGACCUUGGGAUUUGUGCUCGCAAUGAAGGAACGGCAUCUGAAGCUCGACAAGGCCGAGAUGAGCGUGUGGGAAGCCGCGGAGCUGCUAAACGAGCUCGUGGACGACAGCGAUCCCGAUUUGGAUAUGGCGCAGAUCGAGCAUGCACUACAGGCAGCGGAGGCGAUCAGACGGGACCACCCGAGCGAGGAAGAAGACUGGUACCCACUCGUUGGGUUCCUUCAUGAUAUGGGGAAGGUUCUCCUGCAUCCGAAGUUCGGCAGCGAACCCCAGUGGGCAGUUGUUGGUGAUACGUUUCCUGUUGGCUGUCGGUUUAGCAACAAGAUCGUCCACUCAAAGUUCUUCAACAGCAAUCCAGACUCGUCGGUAGAAGACCUGAGCACAGAGUGUGGUAUUUAUGAGGAAGGCUGCGGAAUGGACAAGGUCCACAUAUCCUGGGGCCAUGACGAGUAUAUGUAUCAAGUCCUUGUCCAAAACGGCUGCAGCAUUCCACCCCAAGGCCUGUACAUGAUCCGCUACCACUCAUUCUAUGCUCUGCACAGGGAUGAGGAGUAUCAACACCUGAUGGACGACUUUGAUCGGGAGAUGCUUCCAUGGCUCAAGGACUUCAACCAGUACGACCUCUACAGCAAGAGUGCACAGCGCUUGGAUAUGGAGGAGCUCAAGCCCUAUUAUCAAAGGCUCAUUGCCAGGUACAUCCCUAAGGCAACUCUCAAGUGGUGA